AUGGCGGUGCUGCCAGAAGUACCUGUGACGACGGAAGAUGUGAGGAUCGAAGAUAUUCAACUAUGCGGAUCUGAUAACCAGACUCCAGAAGAAAUUGAACGACUUAGCCAAAAGAUCUGGAAGUUCCGACAUCUCUUGAUCGGUAAGGGAAAUGCCCUUCCGCCGGCGGCUAGAGGCGUCGUGUGCGAUAUCGAUGUCGGGGGAGCGAGACCUAUCGCCCUCAAGUGCCGUAAGUUGCGGAUCCAGUUCAGAGAGAAGGUCGCAGACCUGGUCAAGGGACUAUUGUCUGCCAAGAUGACCAACUAUUCUAGAUCACCAUGGGCUUCCCCAAUCGUGGUGAUCAUCAAGAAGAAUGGGGUGGAUAUCAGGCUAUGCAUCGAUUAUCGGUUGGUUAAUAGUCUGACACAACUGAUGGUAUACCCAAUGCCCUUGAUCAACGAUCUACUCAAAGAUCUGGAGUCGACACUGUGGUACUGCUCCUUGGACAUGGCAAGUGGAUUUUGGGUAGUGAAAAUGAUGGAUCGUGCUCGGUUGAUCUCGGCUUUUAUCACUUCCUUUGGGUUAUUUGAGUGGAAUCGAAUGCCUUUUGUCUUGAAGAAUGCGCCCAAGAUAUAUCAACGUAUGAUCGACAACGCGCUAUAUGGGUUCACCCGGAUCCCGAAGUCUGAAGAUCACGGAAGUGCUUUGGAUGUGUUCGAGGACGGGGAACCGGCGGAUCCGGGCAAGCCUUCGGUGCUUGGUCGCAGAUCAUAUAUCGAUGACAUCCUGAUUCCCGUCGAUAACUGGGAUCAACUAUGUGACCGAGUCGAGGGGUUGCUCGAAGCAUGUGAUCAGUGGAACCUGUCGAUCAGUGUGGUUAAAAGUUUCUGGGGAAUGCCUAAGGUGGAGUACCUUGGCCAUAAGGUCUCGUAUAAUGGACUGGAGGCGAAUCCGAAAGAUCUGUCUGCAUUAACUGAUCUAGUCUUUCUAGGAUCACUCAGAGCCAUGCAAUCAUUUCUGGGAAGUCUGAACUAUUAUAGCCGAUUUAUCGAAGAGUACGCGAUCUAUGCGUCGGUUUUGUACGAAUUGCGAGAAAUCGAC